AAACUAAGCUAGUUAUCUACUGUGUUCCAGCCCUAAGAAUACAAAAGAGAUCGAUAAUUUUAUACGUACCUACCCUUUUUCUUAUUAAAAAUCGUGAAUAUUGAAACAGAGUUCGUUUAAUUUAAAUAAUUUGUGCGCUCAGGAAUUCGUCGACUUACUUAAUAUGAUACACAAAACUUUUAUUUUUGUUAUAACCUAUAUGGAAUCACCAGAGAAAAAUAUUUUAGUGACAGUGUAAAAGAUAACGAUAUGCUAUAUUCAAUCUACAUGAAAAAAACUCCACUUUUUCCAAAACUACAACGAAAAUCAUCUGCGGAUACCUUGUCUUUUGUGGGUGUAGAUGUCGACAAUAUCUUGGAAUUAACCUCUAGAACUUAGUCAGUAGUCCCUGUGAAAUAUUCUACGUUGAGUGGAAUAUAUAAGGGGACAAAAUAGCCAUUUUAGUGGCUAAAAUCUUCUGCGGAUUGAGCCUGGUCUUUGCAGGUGGUGUGAACAGUACUAACUCAGGUCAGAUGAUGCCUAGCGAAGGACCGCCCAGUACUCCUUCGUCGAAAUCGAAAGAAAAAAAUGUUCCUUCGAGAACGAAGGUGGUGGUGGCCUUGUACAACUAUAGAGCCAUAGAAAGUGGUGAUUUGUCGUUGGAGAAGAAUCAGUCCUAUGACGUCAUCGACGAUUCUCAAGAACAUUGGUGGAAGGUGAAAGAUUCUAAAGGAAAUAUUGGAUAUAUUCCAAGCAACUAUGUCAAGGAAAAGGAAUCCCUAGGAUUACAGCAAUAUGACUGGUACGUCAAUGAUAUGUCGCGGCAAAGGGCUGAAUCUUUGCUCAAACAAGAAGACAAAGAAGGCUGUUUCGUGGUUAGAAAUUCUUCAACAAAGGGAUUAUAUACUUUAUCCUUGUACACCAAAAUACCUCAUGCACACGUGAAACAUUACCAUAUUAAGACGAACGCGAGAGGCGAAUACUAUCUCUCGGAGAAACACUGCUGCAAUUCCAUACCCGAUCUGAUCAAUUAUCAUAAACACAAUAGUGGUGGACUGGCUUCCAGACUGAAGACCAGUCCGUGUGAUAGACCUGCACCAGCCACUGCAGGACUCAGUCAUGACAAAUGGGAAAUCGACCAUAACGAACUGAUGUUACUAGAGGAGUUAGGAUCUGGCCAGUUUGGAGUUGUGCGAAGAGGAAAAUGGAGGGGUUCCAUUGAUGUAGCGGUCAAAAUGAUGAAGGAGGGAACCAUGUCUGAAGAUGACUUUAUAGAUGAGGCCAAAGUGAUGACUAAACUGCAGCAUACAAAUCUGGUACAAUUGUAUGGCGUCUGCAGCAAAAAUAGACCUAUUUAUAUCGUGACGGAAUACAUGAGGUACGGAUCUCUUCUGAACCAUCUGAGACGACAUAAGCAAUCUCUAAGUAAUAACCAAGGACUUUUACUAGAUAUGUGCAUACAGGUAUGUAAAGGAAUGGCGUAUUUAGAAAGACUCAAUUACAUCCAUAGGGAUCUGGCAGCUCGAAACUGCCUCGUGGGUACCGAGAAUACGGUCAAAGUGGCAGACUUUGGAUUGGCGCGAUACGUCUUGGACGAUCAGUAUACAUCUUCUGGUGGAUCGAAGUUCCCCAUCAAAUGGGCCCCUCCUGAAGUGUUAAACUACACCAGAUUCUCGUCCAAAUCGGACGUUUGGGCGUAUGGUGUUUUGAUGUGGGAAGUGUUUACAUGUGGAGAAAUGCCGUACGGAAGAUUAAAAAAUACAGAAGUGGUCGAAAGAGUGCAGAAAGGAAUCAUUUUGGAGAAGCCAAAAGCUUGUUAUAAAGAUGUUUAUGAUGUGAUGAGAAAAUGUUGGGCGUCUCAACCUGAAAACAGACCUUCCUUCAAAUUACUAAAAGAAACCCUCAUCAACGUCUCCCAAGGAUUGUUAGUCGACUGACUGGCCAGGUUGGUCUGCGAAUGUGUCUCGCACAGCCCCUCAUCGUCGUCUGGAGUGUCAAUGAGCGACUACGAACAGACUUGGAUCGACGUCUGUCAGACUUUAUGCCGAGAGGCCAAAAAGAGCAAGGUUAAAAAGUUAUGAAAUUGUUUUCGACACAAUAUUUAAUGCAGACCCUGUAUAUGAAGAUCGAUGAUCAAAAUUUGAACGAUUUUACAUUUUAGUAAAGGAGAUUUCGUACCUGGUGAAUUCAUCGAAAGAAAUUCAUCGAAAAUAGUUCACUGUGAUGUGCAGUUCAUCGAAAGAAUUAAGGUUCGGAUCUUUCUGAUCGGAUCUGGUCGGAUUCGGAUCCGAUUCGAAUCUGAUCGGCUUCGGAUCUGAUCGGAUUCGAAUCUGAUUGGAUUCGGAUCCGAUUCGUAUCUGAUCGGAUUCGGAUCUUUCUGAUUGUGUUGUGAAUUUUUGUUUAUUUAUUUUAUUUAAUCAAACGCAGUCAUUAAAUCGAUGCACGAUACGUUAAUCUUCCUACAAGGGUUGUCAUUUUAGUUUUGCAUAUACAGACAAAAAAUAUAUAGACUUACACAGUACUUGAUUGCUUUUCAAAAUAUAUCCCACCAAAAUGGAUACACUUUUGCAAACAUUCAAUCCAGUUGGUAAAAUAGUUAUUCCAGCCUUCUGGCGACUAGAAUCGCCGUCCACGCGUUGAAUACUUGAUCUUUAGGAAGGCGAAGAAGUCGUUGGGACUUAGAUCGGGGCUAUGCGGUGGAUGGUUUAACAAUUCCAUGUUUUGAAGCUCCAAAAACUAUUUGCAUAUUAUAGGCAGUGUGAGCACUUGCAUUGUCCUGAUCUACGAUGAUUCGCCAUUGUUUGUUGCUUUGUCUGAGUUUCGCGAUAACUUCUGGUAAACAAAUGGUUAUAUACCAAUCAGAAGUAACCGUUCUUCGAUCCUCUAAAUUCUAAAUCAAUUGUUGCCACAUGACCAGAUUUUGAUACAGAAGUUGCUUUUUUCUUUGACACAUUUCGAGAACGGGUCACUUUUAUUGCUUUUUCCUCAUCGUGAAACACCCACAUGGCGGAUUGGCGUUUAUUUUCCGGUUCGUAGGAGUAAAGCCAAGAUUCAUCACCACUAACAAUACUAUAAACGUUUUUUGAACUUCCUUUUGUUACAAAAUUUACUUUUCUAUGAUCUUUUAGGCAUUAAUGUUUAAUUUUAGUUGACUUUAUUUAUUAAUAACUUUUUUAAUAAAAUCACUGAAUUUAUAUCCUUUAUUUUACAAACUACGAUAUCUAAUUUAUUUAUUACACUAAAUCUAAUAAUUUAUCUAAUUACAAAUUCAAAAAUAUACCGCGCCCGUUACAUAUCAAACUACACCGACAUUUUCAAAUUCACAACUGCCCCGCUAAUUACAAAAACCUACUAUUUAUACAACAUUCAAUGUUCUAGAAAUAAAUAACAUCUCGAAUAGUAUUUACAAGCAACUAGAAAGAAUUUACUCCAAAAGUCGAGAAGGAAUAGAACAUAAAUCAUAAAAAAGGUUACUUGGUAAACAACUUAGGCCGGGAGCUGAAAACAGUCUGUGACAUAAUUAUGUCACAUUUUGUUGAGCUGUUCUAAUGUUUUUGGACACCAAUUGACGCGAACCGCUUUUGGCUCUUCUGUGAGGAAAUAACGGAUACAACGGGAAACCAGCUUCGUAACACCCAGGUCUUCAUGUAGGAUCUUUUGGAUCGAGGUCUUCGAAAUGCCCCAAGAUGCUUCUAUUUUCCGGUAUGUUACACGGAGGUCAUCCUUAAUUAGCUGAUGAACCAUAUCAAUGUUUUGCUGUGUGACUGCUGUUUUGGAUGGGCCUGUCCUGGUUUCGUCGCUGAGACUGGAGCGAUCACGUUGAAAUUCGCAAUACCAGCGGGAAAUAGUUGACUGGUGUGAUGCUUCAUUCUCAAAGACAGAAACCAUUUCAACGAGACAUUGCUGUUAGAAUAAUCGUCUCCGAAAAUUGUAAAAAAUUAUUGCUCGAAAAUGUUCUCGGUUAAGAUCCAUUUUUCGACGGGCUUGUUAAUUUCAAAAAUUCACUGUAUCUACACGACUUGUUGUAUCGCAAUGAAACUGUAGAUUUAUGUCAACAAAAGAUUGAGGUUAUAUUUGUGUCGGAAGGUUUUAUUGGUAGCGCCCUCUAAGCGGCAAUAUGCAAAACCAAAAAGACAAACCUCGUAUGAACUGCACAACCGUCAUUUUUUUAGUCGAUGAAUUUUAGUCAGUGAAUUCCAUCGGAGAACUUUUCUAGAACCAAAAACACUUAUUUGGGAUGUAUGGAUAGCGCGGUGCUAAAAAUAAUUUGUUGUUAUAUAGAGUUUUUUAAUUGAAAAAUCUUUUUUCGAAAAAAAUGUUUAACGGAUUAGGACCAGAAGGUAGAAAAAUAGAUUCAUUUUAGAAUUUUUUCCCUUAACGUCCCCACAUUUUGUACAGAAAGAGUCAUGUAAGUAUAGGAAGGAACGCUUUUGAUUUGUAUUGAGAAUACAGGGUGUCCAAAAACUCUUCUGACAAACGAGGAUUCCUCAGAUAAUUUCAAAAUGCUUUCUAAGGGAGCCAGAGAUGGUUCUUUGCAAUUAGUUUUUUUUGAUACCUCGUAUUUAAAAAAACUAAUUCCAAGACGCCAUCUUCAAAGAGAUCUAGCUCUCUUAGGAAGCAUUUUCGGACUAGGUGAAUUGGGUUAAAUUGUCUUAAAAUUUUCUAACGAAUCUCCGGUCUUGAUUUGUCGAAGAGAUUUUCUGGACACCCUGUAACAACGCGGUAGGCUAGCCCCGAAAAAAAAUCCGAGUAGACAAAAAAAAAAUUAGUCAAAUAUUAUAUAACUUAAAAAAAUUGUUAGCUAAAAAACGUGGUAAAUAAUGCUAGAGGUCGUCAUGUAAAGGGACUGAACUAAUAUUAUAGUGAUAAUGUUUAUGUGUUAUUACGUAUAUACAUAUAUGUAACGUGAGAUUACUUCGUUUUUCGUUUUUAUGUUGGUAUUAUGAUCUGACAAGAGAUUAACCCAGUUUUUAUACGUAAAAAUAUUUAUUUUGUCGAGAUUUAUGUAAUUUCUGGACUACUGCACUGUUAACUACCACCGUUCCUGUCAAAAUAUGUCACUUGCCAAUCGCCCGUCACCUGUCAACCGUCUGACAAAUGUGACGUCAUUUGUCGUGCCAUCUAGAUUGGGUUUCUGGAUGUUUUAUUGAAACUAUGAUUUUUUUUGUCAUCUACAAAUCUCUAGAUGUGCUAUUUUGUUUUAAAAAGUCCCAAUUACAAUUAAGUUCUUCUUCUUUUUGUGUAGACAUGACUGUCUGUUUUUCAAUGUACAUCUAGUAAAUUGUCGUUGUUUAGAUGACUUUCUAGAUAUUUAAAUUACAUGAUUUGUUCUAUUAUCUGACCCAUCAGCUCUGCAAGUAAUUUGGGACAAAAAAUCAGAAUAAGGUUUAAAAAUUUUAAAGAAUAAGAGAAUUCCCUAGAGAUUUUGGUCAUUUGAAAGAGAAGAAGAACGCAAACUUUAUCAUAUAUUGGUUGAUGAUGGAUGAAUCUAUUUAUUUGUAUGAAAGCAUUUUUUACUUAGGAUUUUAUGAUUUCUGUCACGUCAAAUGUCAUUGUAUCUGUCAAAUGUCAUGGGGCCCAUCAACUGUCAUGGUAUUUGUAGCCUGUUGUGUCAUUUGUUGUGUGUUCUAUUAUUUUCUGGAUGUUUGACUGGUUUUUUCGAUAUGUCUUCCCAUGUAUUGUAUUAAGAACCUGUAUUUCAGAAAAUAUUGAUCAAACGACAGAAAUAAGGGUCAGGAUAGAAAUAGCAAGAAAUGCGUUUCAAAAAAUGAAAAAUAUUCUCUGCAAUAAAGACCUUACGUUAGAAAUGAGCGUAAGAGCUCUGAUAUGUUACAUGUUUUCGAUACUACAAUUUGAAUUUGAAAGCUGGGCAACGAAGGAAGAACACGGAAAUAAACUACAGUAAUUUGAAGUGUGGUGUUACAGAAGGAUGCUUAGAAUAGCAUGGACACAGAAGAAAUGAACUUGUAAGUAUUACGAGAAAUGGAAAAAGAAUACGAAAUAUUAAACAGAGGACCGUGAUAUGAAAUGCUAAGACUAUACAGGGACAAGUAAGAGGAGGAAUGACCAUAGGAAGUUCCAUAGAACUUUUCAGAACAGCGGUAGAUAGAGUAAAGAUAGCGAUGAUGAUAUUGAACCUCCGAUUAGGAGACGACACUUAAAGAAGAAGAAAUCCGCGUUAACUGCGAUUGUGCCAAAUGUCAUUUUGUUUGACAACUAUAAUAUAUCGUUUUUCAGCUGUCAUGGGCUUGUCAACUGUCAUUUUUUGUGCAAUCUAUGAUUUUUUUUGGUGUUUUAAGAAUGGUGUUCUAAACCAAACUACCAUUUAUUUAUAAAUAAUAUCAAAAAAGUUAAAUGUAAACCUCCAAACCAAAAGAAAAUUAAUCCGAAAGUUGAUAGUGAGAUUAGAAAGUGAAUAAAUGAAACUAUAUAGAAUAAAGUAUCCUUCCCUAAUGAUUUUCUUAAUAAUUAAAGUUAGAGGUGGAUGAUUCGGAUAUGAUCCCGUUCAGUGAGUCGAUUCUUUGGAACAUGUUCAUCUAAUCGACUCAACGAUUCUCGGAUCUACAGAUACCUGAAUGAAAAACAGUUCAUAUUGCGAUUUUUUGGCGUAUUUUGGGUUAACCUCUUGUUUUGCGGCAAUCAUGGUUGGUUAAAUAGGCAGAAACCUGUGUAUUUUGUAGUUAACUUCGGAUAAAAAUUAGAAUAUGACUUGAACUUGAAUAAUGAUUGUUAUAUUUAUUUACAUGAUAAAUCUAAAUGUAAUUUAACAAAAUUUCAUUAGUAAUUGGAUGUGAAUUUAAGAGACAAUUUUUUUACUUUCUUCUAGUCAUAGAAAGUAGACGAAACUUCAACUAUUAGUCGAAUGAUAAGUGUCAAAACAGUUUCUAUUUUAUUAAAAAGAAAAAAAAACAUUACAUCAAAGAAUACAAUUUUUAUAUGAAAUUAGGUAUAAAAUACUGAACUUACCUUAAAAAAAUCAACAAUAAAAUUAAAGUUAGAGGUGGAUCAUUCGAAUCUGAUCCGGUUCAGUGAGUCGGUUCUUUGGAACAUGUUCAGUGAUUCGACUCAAUGAUUCUCGGAUCUUCAGAUACGUGAUUCUUUUUAAUAAAGUAGAAACGCAUCCUAACAAUUCACGUCUUUUUGGAGAAAAGGAAUGAAUACGGAAGCGCCCAUAACCUUUUUAUUGCAUUUGGUUGUUUUUUUUUGUUUAAUUGGGUAAAAACGAUUCCUAUUACAAAAUAUGUGAACAAGGCAAUUGAGUGUCUGAUUAUCUGGGAUGAUGAAUUUAACGGUAGGCGAAGAAGUGUACGUUUGUAUUGACUGAUAUUCUAUUAACGUUUGAGAUUAGGAGGAGCGGAGAAGGUUUUUGGAAAGUACGUGAAUGAGUGUACAUUUCAUAUUUAUUAAUGACAUAUUUGGCAAAGAAAUGACAGAGGUAAACGCUUGCUACACUUCUGUAUAGACAACAAUCCGUUUAUUAUUAAUACAGGCUUUCCACAUACUUCAAGAUGUUUAUACACUAGCACUAGGCUAUCAUCAGAAAGUAGAUACACAAAUCAGAUAGAUAUCCUGGUAAAAACCCGUUGGUGUUGUUAACGAUGUUAAGACCUAUCCAGGAAACGAUUUUAAUAGUGACCAUCAAUUUUAUCAGCUGAAAUCCACAUGCAGCCAAGAAACAGCCCAGAAACAAGAACUACCUCAACCAAAUGGCAUAUAAGAUACAACGAUCUCAACCUAUGUGAUCUCAAACACUCAUUAAAAUCAGGAGAGUCCUCAAACAACAUAUUGUAACAAUCAAACGAACGAUUCGUAUUUAUAUACGACUUUAUUAAUUUAUUUCUACAAGUUUUCUUUUGCAAACUCUAGCUUAAACUAAACUCAUUUACAAAAUCCGUUCCUAUUUAUAGCCCAGCCGUUAUUUCUCGAAGAUUCUGCCCAUCUCUAGUUAUCAGCUCGUCACGCCUACUUGAGGUACGUUAUCGAACACUCUUUACCAUUCCGCCACCGCCUCGAACAUUCGAUAGCGUCAUCCUUACACGUUUCGAGUUGUGUACCGUUAUACAGGGGUCGGUCAAGAGUUCUCUUUCGUUACAAUAUUGACACAAACGAAAUCCAUAUUGCAUAAUGCCGUAAAAAACAAAUAAGUGAUAGAGAAGAAAGAAGGAAACAAUGGAUUAUAGACUACACAUGGACUAAAAUACAGAAGAGGAAGCGUUUAAAAGCCACAUGAUUUCACAAUGACAGUGAUAAAGAGGCCCAAAGAGCUGAACGCUGCAUGUGCAAAAAGCUCUAUGGCAAAAUUAUCAAAAAUUUGGAAAAUUGAAAUAUCCAUCGAUACAAAAAUGAGACUGGUAAGAAGUUGUUUUUCCAUUUUUCACUUAUGCAUCGAAAUGCUGGACCCGUUGUAUUUGAGAUGUAUUGCUGGAGACGAAUGUUGUAGUGAUGUUGAAAAAGUAACUAUUCGUUACAAAGUACUCGUUACUUACGAAUACCGAAAGUAACGAUUACUCUACAGAAAGGCAAAUCGUUACGUUGAUUACUCUGAUUACUUCGUUACUUCGUAUUAAUCGUAUCAGAGCUAGUAACGAUUAUUGUAUCUACUUUGAUUACUCUGAUUACUUCGUUACUUCAUACCAAUCGUAUUAGAGCGAGUAACGACUAUUGUAUCUACUUUAAUUACUUUGAUUACUUCGUACUUCGUGAAGGUCGUUAUUAUAUCGGAAUACCUAUACAAAAUAGCUACCUACUGAGAAAUACGAUUCUAGAUAUGAUUACCGGUACUCAAAUAAAAAAGUAAUAAUACUAAUCAAAGUAACGAAUACUGUAAAUGAUUACUUUAUACAAAAUAUGUAUACAUGAUGUUAUAUAUUUACAGUAUUUAGCUACUGUAAGAGCCACGCCGCGACCCACCUGAAAUCCGCUCGCGACCCACUAGUGGAUCGCGACCCACCGGUUGGGAAACGCUGACUUACAAUGAAAUCAGUGAUCAUAGGCGUAACUAGGGGGCGGUUUUGGGGUUACACCUCUGUCAGUGAUACCAAUCGUACUUUUCAAAAAACAAACCGUUUCUUCACCCAGAAUUGCACAAACCUUGUACACGGUGUAUAUUUGAGACUGUUCUACACAACCCAAAUCAAUAUUUUUAGUAUUUUGUACACUUCUUCACCUGCCUGCACACUUCUUCAUCUUAUUUUAUGUUAUACAGGGACAAAUGGUGUUUAAUAAAAACUUUUAUAUCUAUACCAACUAUUGACAAUAAAAUACCUACAUUUAAUUGUGACGUAGAAGAUAAUGUUUCCGGUUAAGUUUUUUUACUUUUUUCUGUGAAAAACAGUGAGAUAUAACUACAGAGAUAUUUAGUCCACCUAAUCCCGUAACUGAACCAAACGACACCGCGCACAUCUUAUGGAAAAUAUAAUGUCACUCAAAUGGAGUAAAAUUUACAUGAAUAGAUUCGUCUGGAAAUUACAAUCAUUUCAUAUCAUUGCGCCAACUCCGAAUUUUGAUUGAUAACGGCGUAAAUUGAUAUAAAUAAAUCUAAAAUCAAAUGGGCAUGUACGUGAGUCAGAGAGAGAAAAGAAAGUCUGUGAGUCUACAGUUCUACGGCAGAGGCUUACUCUUAUCGUAUAGAUAUGUAAUAAAGUAGGUAUAAUUUGGUCAGCCGUACCAAAGUAUAUAGUUCCUCUAAUCGCCUUAGCUACCGCUGGGUUAAGUUGUUUUCAAUAGUGACUAGACUAAUAGUAUUUGUGAAUGACAAUUUUAUGGACUUCAGAAAUGUGAUUUCCAUAAACUUUAAUUACAAUCUACGCCGUUAAUAAUCAAAAUUCAGAGUUGCGCAAUAAUAUAAAAUGAUUGUAAUUUCCAGACGAAUCUAUCCAUGUAAAUUUUAUUGAAUUUGAGUGACAUUAUACUUUCCUUAAGAUGUGUGCGGUGUCCGUAAGUAGUAUUGUAAUUUAUUUGUAACAAAUUCGUUCUGUGUCGACGGGUAGAGUGAAAAUAUCUCGAGCAAUAUAGUGGUACACCCGUAUUCUUAACCUUAUGUCAUCAUUAAAUAAUCUAUACUUUAAGUUAUAAUCAGAUCAUGAACUUUUGUAUUUUUAUACAAAACAUCUCAUGAAAGAAACAGGCUCAACGUUCUUACUUUUAAGUUUUUCGUUGUUCUUAGGUAAGUAUGUACAUGUGAAUGAAUCAACUCGGUUCAAAAACCUCCUGUAUAGCAUAAUAUGUUGUCAAGAAAUCAACGAAUUUUCAUCUUUCAGACUGGUUGACGACUGGAAAGUGCUCGAAAACAAGUCGAAACAAAUAUCUGUUGCGUAUAUGAAAUUUUCUGGUCAGUUUGCAUUGUUGCCAAGUUGUGUCUUUAUUUCCUUGAUCUUCUGAAAAACCAAGAGGUCUAUGAUGACAAUAAAACUAUCAGUAUGAUCUUAAUUCACUGCAACUGUUUCUCCUGUGCACGCAGUUGUUCUUGACAGCCUUCAGUGUUGCCACGUUGUAUAUGUAUUGUCUUGAUCUGCUACAAAAAGAAAAAUACAAGAACACUAUCAGUAUGAUCUGAUUUCACUUAAUUAAAACUAUAAAAUAGACUUCUUGUCAAAUAUCUUGCUUAAAUGUCGGUCACAGGCGUAUUUAUAUAGCCGCAACACUGUUACAUCGUAGAUUUUAUCUGUAAAUAAGGAAUUUUGAUUGCUAAUUUGUCCUGAAAGAUUUACGAUCUACAAUUGAAGGUUAUUUUCAAUAUUCGAAGUUUAUUAUCGAAAUAAAAGACAAAGCAUCUAUUUGUCCCGAAUAAAGGGAAAUUGUAGCUAUCUUGCAGUGUUGCCAAGUUGUAUAUUUAUUGUUUUGAUCUUCAGAAAAACGAAAAGGUGUCUGACAGACAAGAAAAUUGUUAGUAUUAUGUGAAAUAAUUACUUUAUUCCAGCUGCAAGUACUGAUUUCUUGUCAAAUAUCUUGGAUAACUGCCUUUGACAGGUGUUUAUACAAGCAGGGCAUUUAAUUUUGAAUGUUAAUUUCACCUAACAAGUCUACGAUAGGCGUAUGAAGGUUGUUUUCAAGAUUUGAAGUUUACUUUCGAAAUAGAAGACAAAUCCACUGUACACGAGGAUAUUCUAGCCAGCCUUUAGUGUUGCCAGGUUUUAUCUUUAUUGUCUUGAUCUGCUACAAAAAGAAAAGGUCUUCCACGGACAAGGAAACUAUCAGUGUGAUCUGAUUUAUCUGCAUUACAACUGUAAAUAUGGACUUCUUGUCAAACAUCUUGCUUGAUUGUCUGUCACAGGCGUAUUUAUAUAGCGGCAACACUAUUGUAUUGUAGAUUUUGUGUGCAAAGGAAUUUUGAAUGCUAAUAUGUCCUGAAAGAUCUACAAUCUACAUUUCAAAGACAUUUUCAAUGUUUGAAGUUUAUUAUCGAAAUAGAAGACAAAAGAAGUAUUUCAGCUAACUGGCGGUGUUGCCAAAUUGUGGAUUUUUUCACAUAAUUUCAGGAAAAGUCAUGAAUGUUUUGUCCUGAUUACAACAGAGUGGUUUCUUGACGAAUAGCUUGUUUUGUGGGGUUUUUGAACCGACCAAUUCAUAAAUAGCGUACGGCGUUCUACCGUGAACGCUACAAAACGUAACUAAACCAUUUUAUUCAGUUCGUAUCCGCUUCAAAUUUAAGUAUUAUAAGCCACAAUGAUAUUUAGGAUAAUUUAUAUGUAGAAUUGCAUGGAUCUUAUACAUACGGCAUCAUAUGUUUAUUUAAACCCUUCUUAACCGUAUUACCUUACUUUAUUUCGAAACAAAUUUUGAGAUUUUUAUAUAUGUUUAUUUUCGUAUAUUUAUGAUCAGUAAUCAUCAAAGAUUUGAAUAAAAUAACCUCAAAUGCU